AUGUCAAGCAUUAAGACAUCGUGGUCUGACCCUAACACCUACAAGAACGACCCAACAACCAAGGCUAAAUGCGAGCAGGCGGUUAAAAGCGCCAGCGAAACUACCAGUGCCGUCAAGCGCGGGGCAACCGAUGCGAUAAUUAAGGGCGGUAUUCACCAGAGCCCCUCGGACAGCAAGAAUCACCUCACUGUCGAGUAUAAGAAGAACGGCACUCACGUUACUACGAAACAUGUUCAUACCUAG